AUGAUGACGGGGUUGAUGCAAGAUCAGAAUCUUGAAAAACAGAUUGAGAAGCAGAUAGGCUGCAUGUCUGGUUUCCUACAUAUCUUCGAUCGUCAACAGAUUCUCGCCGGAAAACGAAUCUACGCCACCAAGCGUCUUCCUCCCUCCACCGGGGUGACUUCAUCACCGGAAUCUGUUAAGUCCGUUCAGACGACGCCCAAACGAGAAAUAGUGAAGCCGGCGGCGAUGGCGGAACCGGUGGUGGCUAUACCCGAAAGUCCUGACCGUUUCCAAUCUUCUCCGGCGGCCAAUUCGAAUAACUUCCCAACCGUAACGCCGCCGAAAUCGCCGUUACCACUUCCGAUAUUUGAUCUGAAGGAAGGAACGAUGAAGACUUCAUGGAAAUUCUGCAAGGAAAUGCCGAGGCUGUCGCUUGACAGCAGAGCAACGGUUGACUCAAAAGGGAGCCUUUGCCCAAGAGAGAUCCGUCGAGACAAUGGAGCAAACUCCGUUGAUGAAAGCUUCGACAAGCAACGAAGGUCACCCAGCGUCAUUGCGAGACUCAUGGGACUGGAGCAGUUGCCAUCUUCAGAUUCUUCACCGAGUCCUGAAACCGUCAAGAAACCGGAGCUCCGGCGAUCGGCAUCGGAAUCCAGAGUCUCAAGAGAUCUGUUUCAUUCCAGAUUCGUAGACGGUGCCAAUUUCCAUGUGAAACAGACGAAUCAAACAACCAAUCAAUCAGCAGAAACAAAUCUGACCAACAACGGUGUUCGAGAUAAUGUAGGCAACCUGAGCAACAGAACUUCUCAGAAUGGCAGAGUUAUCGAGUCAAUGAAAUAUACAUCAAGAAAUCUGAAGACUGAAUCUCCGAGAUCAUCUCCAUGGAGGUCUCCACAGCAGAGGAGAAGCUUCUUUGAUUCAGCGGAUAUUUUCCCAGAGCCAAAGCAGAUAACAGUGCCAACAUAUAGCGAUUCCGAGAAGAAUUUGAAGUUCAGAGAAAUAGAUGAACAGUCAAAAGAUCUAGAGACACUGAAGCAUAUUCUUGAAGCGUUACAACUCAAAGGCCUUUUGCAUUCCAGAAGACCUCCAAACAUAGACAGCCAGCAUAACUUCGUUUACGAUCCAAGUUUUCCUUCCGAUGAUCCAAAUAUAGUCCUAAUGAAGCCUGUACGGUCGCCGGCGCCAAAUCGGAGAUGCCGGAAUGAUUACGGAGGAGUGAAUAGAUACGCCGGCGAAAAUUUGCCGUCGGUCAGUCCAAAGAAGGAGCGUGGAGUACUCGAUCGGAGUGGGAGGAGUCCCGUGAGAGCAAGGAAUUCUAUGGCCACUAAUAACUCCAAGAAUUGUAAUACAAUCGUCAAGAGAAAGCCAUUGUGCAUCGAAACACAAAGGAGUUUCCAUGAAUCCUCUGACUCACGAAGAAGUUCGCCAAUUAAUUCUCCGAAGCUUACUCCAAGAAGAAGCGGAUCCGAUCAUCAAUACAUCCCAAAUCGGUCUCCGAGAAGCAGGAGACCGGCAGAUGUUUAUUCAAAGGAGAAGGUUUCACGAAACUUGGUUAUGGAGGACGAAUCAUCAUACUUUUCUGAAAGCUCCGGUAGUACAAAUUCUCAAUCCGAUCCAGAGAGAUCGAAAAUGGAGGAAUACAGAGAAGGAAAAAGUCUGUUAGACAGAUGUGACAAAUUGUUGAACAGUAUAGCUGAGAUGAACAAUAUCACCGAGUCACAUAUGAGUUCUACCUCAGUUUUACCUAGUCCAGUAUCCGUUCUUGACUCGGUAUUCGACAAGGAUGAAUCGUCAUCUCCCUCACCCGUCAUGAAACGUAGCAUUGAUUUCAAAGAUCUUACCGUUGAUUUGGAAGACGACAUCUGGAGUUCUGUGAUCUCUCCGGUACUAUCAGCCAAAGACGAAGAUUUCAUAUCCGACGAUUCUGAUCUCACUUACAUCUCCGACAUAAUCCGAGCAUCAAAAUACCUUCCAGAUGACUCCGGCGUGUUUCUCCGACUCGAAAAGCAACAAUAUCUCAACGGAAACGACACAUCAAAAGUCUCGAAACUUCAACGAAAGCUAGUUUUCGACAUCGUUGCUGAAAUCGUCGAUCGGAACCGCCAGCUACCUCCAUGGAAUGCCAUUUCGUUCAACGAAUGCACAAACUCGGUAAAUCACAUCUGUUCCGAAUUCCAAAAGAUCCGUGAGCGAGAACCAGCGGACAACUUGUUAGAUCUGAUUUGUGGUGUACUGAAAAGAGACCUCGCCGGAAACAAUGGCUGGGGAGAUCAUCCGGUGGAGAUGUCGGAAGCCGUACUGUACAUCGAACGGCUGAUCUUCAAGGAUUUGGUGAGCGAAACAAUCCUGGAUCUCGCUGACUUUGCCGGGAAAAGUAGGUUUUUGGCGCCUCGAAGGAAAUUGGUUUUUUAAAAUAAGUGGGCAGACAGAAACCGGUUUAGUUUAAUUUUGGCGCUCUUUUUUUUAGUGUUUGAG